AUGGCAAAUUACUUGUCUAUAACAGAUAUUUUAGUUACGAACGAGAAAGUUCCCUGUAAAUUUCUGCAUGAUUUACCAAAAAUGGGAUUUAUGGACCCUUCUGCAACGGAGGACGAUUUAAAAGCUGGAACAAAUGUCGAAAUUCCGAUAUGGCUUGCGGAGUCUUUGCAUGCUAGAAGACCACCACUCGUUAGUGUGGAACUUCCUAAAAUCUACAAAGAGACAUACAGGGAAAUAUUAAAUGCUGAUGCCUGUACUGUAGAUAUGCAUAAACUGGGACAAUAUUUCUAUGAACUUGGAUGUUACAUUGCUAAAUAUGAUAUCAAGGGUGAAGUUGCAACUACUCUAAUAGAUACAUUCAAGCAGAGAUUUAGGAUGAUUUUAUCGGCUAGUGUAUCAACUGAUUCAAUAACAGCACUGCAGCCAUUAUCAACUAGUGAAAGAGAUCGUACUGCUGGUGCCGUUGUCACUGAAAAGGCACUCUCUGGAUGGCUGAAGAGAGGAGACUGUCCCUUAACUACAGCGACCAUGGUGGCCAAUCAUCGGAAAAGAAAAAGGGCAGAAAUGGAAAUGUUAUAG